CACUUGUAAACAAUAAAUAUUAAAUACCUAGAUAACUGCUUAUUCUAUAAAUUAUUUUUUUUAAUGAAUGAUACGUGGCAUAAAUAUUUUAAAAUUAAUUAAUUUUCAUUUAAUUCGCUUUAUAAAUACACGUUGUAUAAUUGUAAUCAUCACUAAUAAUUAUGUUCUUCUAGAAAGACGAAGAAGAAUUUUAAAGAAGAAACUAGAAUGAGCCAUUGCUAAAGUUAUUGUUUAAAAAUGCCGCCAACAAUCAAGAUAUUAUUACCCUCAUUACAAAAUAAUUUAAAAGAAGUAAUGUUAAAGGGUUUUAUUAAGAGAGAUGAAAAUACAAUAACAGUUUUUAUAACUACAUUUUCUAACCAAAACAUAUUAGAAGGCUGCUUAAAUAAUCCAAACAUUAUUUAUGGAUGUAAUAUCGGGAAUCGAUCCCGAAAUAAGCUUAGACGAUAUCAAAGUAAUUUUACGGUAAAUUUAGACACUGAUCCCAUAACUGUUACUAGUUUAGUAAUUGAUUGUCAAAUACAAAAUCUGAAAGAAAACUGCAUCGUAAUGUUAUAUGAAUACCAAAAAAUGAAAAAGUCGGAGACAAUUAGCAGCAGUGACGUAUGUUUCUCAACAUUACAAAAUCUUAUUCACAAGGAUAGUGAAAGUACCAAUGAUGAGCUCUUGCCCGAGGUGCAAUUUCAAAGCUCUUCCUUUUUAGGAUCAUGUAUGUUUGCACAACAUGUCUAUAAUUACUUUAAUUUGUUAAAAUGGCUUUUACAUACAGUAAAGAAAAAGGAAAAGAUAACAAUAAAACAGAGAAACCUAAUGUUGGCGAUUGUUGGAGAUAUAAUUUUAGGGUAUUUGACAGUUGAACUAUUAAUGUUUGAUAAAAAAUACCUUGGAACACUAAUCUUGGGGAUGUUAGAGAAAUUAGUGAAUCUUAUGUAUUCUUUAUUGAAAUGGCUAAUGGGUGCUCCUGCUGGAUUGAAAUUAAACAAUGCAUUUAACAAAAUGUUAGGAAAAUUUUUCUUAUAUCAUGUUGAGUUAUGGUGGUUGUUUUUAGAUGUAUCCAGUGACAAAUUAGAUAUCAUAUUAAGUGUGUGCCAAUAUUUGGGUUACUUGGGAUUCACGUUUCAGGCAGCCAUUAUAUCUGAUAUGAUUUGUAUGGCGACAUUUCACUCUUAUUGUAUUUAUAUCUAUGCGGCAAGAUUGUUCAACAUUCAAAUAUCAGGGUUAAUAGCGCUUUUAAGGUUAUUUGUUGGUAGGAAGUACAAUCCAUUGAGAGGUGGUAUUGAUUCAUGUGAAUACACUAACCAGCAACUAUUUGUGGGAACUGUCGCAUUCACUAUAUUACUUCUAUUACUACCAACAACUCUUAUGUACUACAUUGUGUUCACCGCAUUUAGAAUAUUAUCAUUGUUCUUGCAAUUUUUAUUAUCAAAAAUCAUAUAUGUUAUACAAACAAUGCCAUAUUAUGUACUUGCACUAUGGAUAACAAGGUCUCCUAAAAUAUCUGGCAAUAUUAAGAUAGAAGAAGUGAAGGGUCCAAGUCAGACACUUGUUCUUAAAAUUAAGUUACUCAACAAACCACUAUGUGAACUGAUGGAUAAUUUUAAACCACCAGUUCGUGAAUUAAAAAGUCUAGAAUUUGGCAACACUGUUUCAAAUGUCUUCACUGGCAAACAAGUGAUAUAAAUUCAUAGGAGAAAAUAAAAUAUAAUUUAUUGCCUCAA